AUGGAAGAGUGCAACCAGAAAAAAGGUAAUGAUGCACAACAAAUAGGAGAUAGAAGUACUGCGAAAGAUGAAGGCAAGCCUAAUCUUGGAAUGUUUUUUGAAUCAUUUGAUAAGUUUUUCCAAUACUAUCGGAGCUAUGGAAAUAAAAUGGGGUUUGAAGUUACAAUAAGAUCUUCAAGGAAAAGAGAUGAUGGGGAAUUGAUUUAUGCGAACGUUGCCUAUUGUUGUGGUGGAAAGCAGGAUAAUGACUCCAAAAAUAUCUUUAAAUUGCAUCCAUUGACAAAAAGUGGUUAUAAGGCUUGCAAUGUUGCCUCUCGACAUUUAGAUGGUAAAUUGGAAAUAGUGUCAAUCAUCUAUGAGCAUAACCAUGAACUCAUAAGUCUUAGAAAAUCAAGAUUUUUCAAGAGCAAUAGAUUUAUACAAGCGCAUGUGAAAAGGAAGGUUGAAGUGAAUGAUAGAGCGAGGAUUAAACCAAGUAAGAAUUUCAACUCAGUAGUUGAAGCUAGGGGUGUUGAGAAUUUGAGUUUUUUACAAAAUGAUUGUAGAAACUACAUUGAAAAAGUUAGAAGGAUCCGACUUGGAGAUGGUGAUGCUUUUGCAUUACAUAAAUAUUUUCUAAAAAUGCAAAAAGAUAAUCUCAAUUUCUUUUACAUUAUGGAUUUAGAUGAAAAUGGUUGA